UAUCCAGGCUGUCAAAAUGGAGCUUGACAUCCAGUGCGAGGAGAUGAGCCCAUCUAGAUGGGCUGAACUGGUGUCCACAAUGAAAUCGUGCAAAACCAUCAGGCUAGAUGACUGCAAUCUCUCCAGCAGUAACUGCAAGGAUCUCUCCUCUAUCAUCAAUACAAACCCAUUUCUCACAGACCUGAAGCUGAACAACAACGAGCUGGGAGAUGCAGGCAUUGAAUACCUGUGUAAAGGAUUGCUGAUGCCAACCUGUAACCUACAGAAGUUAUGGCUGCAAAACUGCAACCUAACAAGUGCCAGCUGUGAGAUUCUCCGCUCUGUCCUCAGUGUACAGCCAUCCUUGACAGAGCUGCAUGUAGGUGAUAACAAACUUGGAACUGCUGGAGUGAAGAUGCUUUGUCAAGGGAUGAUGAACCCCAACUGUAAGCUGCAGAAGCUGCAGCUGGAGUAUUGUGAACUCACAGCUGAUGUUGUGGAAGCUCUCAAUGCUGCCCUGCAAAGCAAGCCCACCAUGAAGGAGCUGAGUCUGAGUAACAACACGCUGGGAGAUACAGCUGUAAAGCAGCUGUGUCAGGGACUGGUGGAGGCAAGCUGCAACCUAGAGUUACUACACCUGGAGAACUGUGGCAUAACCAGCAAUAGCUGUUGGGAGAUCAGCACUCUUCUCAGUAACAAGUCAUCACUGAUAGAUCUCUCUGUGGGGGAUAACAAGAUUGGAGAUUCUGGUCUGGCUCUGCUGUGCCAAGGACUGAUGCAUCCUAACUGCAGAAUCCAGAAGCUCUGGUUAUGGGACUGUGAUCUCACAAGUGCUAGCUGUAAGAAUCUCUCCAGACUCAUCAGUACAAAAGAGACCCUCACAGAGAUCAGUCUGAUAGACAACAACCUGAAAGACUCAGGGAUGGAAAUGCUGUGUCAGGCACUCAAGGAUCCCAAAUCUAAACUCCAGGAGCUAUGGAUUAGGGAGUGUGGACUCACGACUGCUUGCUGCAAGGCUGUCAGUUCUGCUCUCAGUGUGAACAAGCACUUGAAAAUACUGCAUAUGGGUGAGAACAAGUUGGGAGAUGCAGGCGUUGAACUCAUGUGUGAAGGGCUACUGCAUCCUAACUGCAACAUCCAGUCCCUAUGGCUGGGUAACUGCGAUCUCACAGCAGCCUGCUGUGCAACCAUUGCCACCAUCAUGGCUACCAAGCAGUGCCUUACUGAACUGGACCUGAGCUACAACUCUUUGGAAGAUGAAGGCAUCAGGAAGAUCUGCGAAGCCUUGAGGAGUCCCAGCUGCAAUGUGCAGCAGUUAAUUUUAUAUGACAUUUUCUGGAGUUCUGAAGUGGAUGAUGAACUGAGAGCCCUGGAAGAGUCUAAGCCUGAAUUGAAGAUCAUUUCAUGA